CUAACAGCCUUAAGUCAGCCUGAACCACCCGGGGUCUGCUUCUGUCCCCGUGAGAAAGGCUCUGACUGAUGCACGUGUUAAUCUCAAAAACAAACGCCUCCACAUUGUUUUUACUAAAUAUAGGAGCAGUGUCUGCUGCAAGGCACUGCUGGCAGCCCUCAGCAGGGUCACAGUCCCACAUCCAACAGGAGUUUAUCAGCCAGAGGGGAAAGGGGCUCAAGUUGAGUGCUCUCUGCAGAUGUGAGCUGCAGUGAGAGGAGUUUUCAAGGUCGAUCUCUUUCCCUGUCAUUUGCAGAGGGCUGAGCCUGGAAAUGUGAACUGGGGCUCCUCUGGGAUGAGCAUCUCAGCCGAGCACUGUACGUUGGAUUCAGUGCUUAUCUCCCACUGGCACAGAUGCUAUUUCAGCCUCCUGUGGGGUAACUGAUACAGAGGAUUGAGGAAGAAACUGUACCUUCUCGUUGAGUCACAUCUUGAUCAAUCCAGCGCUGCAGGAAGUGUCAUUUCCCACGGACGCGCAGGCGUACAGGCACUGCUGAUGAAAUUUUGUGAGCCUCUGAAGAGAUGAGAUCCACCUGGCAAGGCAAGGCUGGUCGCAGCCCUCUCCAGGCCCUGUACGAGAGUGACCAGUUUGAGCAGUCGUCCCUGCAGGCAGUUCACCAGCAGAGACGGGAGAUGUUGAGCAACAUCUGCAGCCGUUACACCCGCAAGCGGCGGCUCCUGCGGCCGGACGACUUGCGGCACUUGGUGGUGGACGACGCGCACGGCCUGCUCUACUGCUACGUGCCCAAGGUGGCCUGCACUAACUGGAAGCGGGUGAUGAUGGUCCUGACGGGGCAAGGCAAGUACCAGGACCCCCUGGAGAUCCCCGCCCACGAGGCCCACGUGGCCUCCAACCUGCGCACCCUGUCCGAGUACAGCGUCCCCGAGAUCAACUCCCGCCUGCGCAGCUACCUCAAGUUCGUCUUCGUGCGGGAGCCCUUCGAGCGCCUGGUCUCGGCCUAUCGCAACAAGUUCACUCUCAGCUACAACACGGCCUUCCACAAGCGCUACGGCACCAAGAUCAUCCGGCGGCACCGGCAGGAGCCCAGCGAGCGCGCCCUGGAGCGUGGCGACGACGUGCGCUUCGAGGAGUUCGUGUACUACCUGCUGGAUCCGCGCACGCAGCAGGAGGAGCCCUUCAAUGAGCACUGGGAGCGGGUGCACUCGCUCUGCCACCCCUGCAUCAUCCACUACGACGUGGUGGGCAAGUACGAGACCUUGGCCGAAGAUGCCAACUACAUCCUGCAGCUGGUGGGGGCCGACACGAGCGUCAAGUUCCCGGCUUCAUCCAAGACCACCAGGACGACAGAUGACAUGACAGCCCAGUUCUUCCAGGACAUUAGCCCCUUCUACCAAAGGAGACUCUUUAAUUUAUACAAAAUGGACUACUUGCUAUUCAAUUACUCCAUCCCCUCGUACCUCCGCAUCCGGUGAGGCAGGGGAUGCGGGGGAAGAGGUGAGGGAGAGCUGGAUAACUCUCACCUCGCCACAAUUCCUCUCCUGCUGCCUUGAGCUCAUCUCUUGGUUGACUUCUUCCCUGUGCCCUUUUGUGAGGGUCUGCUCCAUCUCCUGAUGCCUUGUUCAUGCAUGCUCUGGAGGAAGAACACUUCUCAAUACACUGGGGCUGGAGCUUUUCCUUCCCUUUCCCUCCCGCCCUUCAAUAUCUACAGGGAAUGGUGGUGGGACUGGACACUUCUUGCCUUGGUUGGGGACUUUCUUGUAACUAAGAGACUCCUCUGUAGAUCCAAAUCUUGGGAAGGCUCCUUUUUCGGGCAGGAUCCCUUCAGGUCUUUCUCCUUCUUACUGAGCUGUUUGGGGGCAGACAUGGAGUCUCAGGGGUCAGAGUGGAGUGUAUCAGAGACUUGCAUAGAACCAGAAAUAAAGCAAUAAUUUAAUAUAACUUUUUCCUUUUAUUUAAAAUUGCUCCCACCUUUCUGUCUUGUUCCCCUCUGUCCUUUGUGCCAUCCCCUACCGAGGGGGAUAUAACACACAGAGGUAUGUUACUCUGACCACAUUUUUAUCCCUGCAGGUUUUUUUUUGUUCCUCUCCUUCCACAUGUUCUCAGUUGGGGUGCAAAAUUCUCCAAAGAUAGAGAGGAAAAGCUUGCAGCAGGUCCUCAGUGCUUUCCCCUGAACUCCACAGCAGAGUGCUGAGUGCCUGUGUGUGCACGUCUCUGGAUUUCUGGUCAAAUCCAUUAAAUCCCUGCUGGCAGUGCUGGCAUCUCUUCCCAUGACAGCAUGGGCUGCUCCUGUGUGCAGCCCCUUUAUAAAAGUUAUAAAGUGUUUGGGGGAACACUGGGCUGGGAUGUGGGAGAUUGCUGUGGUAAUGGAGAGGUAAUGUUGGACUGGGAGACCAGAAAAGUCUGUGUGUGUAUGUUUGUGUGUGUGUGAGAGAGAGAAGAAAAAUUGAGGAUAAAAACAGGGAGAGAGACACCUAGAGGGAAACAGUCCUUUUCCUGGUUGCCUUUGGAUAAUCAUUCCUUGAAGAAAAAACAGGGAGGAGGGAGUGAAACACAAAAUAAAAUGACAAACCGAGCCCUAGGAUUUUAAAUUAAAGCCAGUCCAUAUUUUAGUCUUUCCUCUUUUCUGUUUGGCUUUGGCUUGCUGGCUGCCUUUGUAAAUAAACACACUGGUAAUAGAUGCUGUA